CGUCACGUUGCGCACGUAGGGGCAGGUGGUGCAGGCGAAGCGGUGGCAGCGCGGCCCCUCCUCGGCCACCAGCACGUUGCCGCAGGCCGGGCAGAAGAGCAGCAUGGCGGCGGGCGCCCGCCCCUUCCGGCGGCGCGAUGGCGGAGGCCGAGGAGGAGCUGGCGCACGCCGAGGUGCUCGAGCUCUUCCAGGCGGCGCUGGCGCGGCUCGUGCAGGACCCGCUGCUCUGCGACCUGCCGCCCCAGGUGACGCCCGAGGAGAUCGGCUCGCAGGUGGCGCUCGAGUACGGCCAGGCCAUGACCGUGCGCGUGUGCAAGGCGGACGGCGAGACCGUGCCCGUGGUGGUGGUGCAGAACGCCUCGGUGCUGGACCUCAAGAAGGCUCUGCGGCGGCACGUGCAGCUGCGGCAGGCGCGCCAGGGCGGCGUCCAGCACCUCAGCUGGAAGUACAUAUGGAGGACUUACCACUUGACCUACGCCGGAGAGAAGCUGGCAGAUGACAGGAAGAAGCUGAGAGAGUAUGGCAUUAGAAACCGCGAUGAGGUCAGCUUCAUAAAGAAACUCCGAAAGUAACGUGUCAGGAGGGAGAAGAGAAGGCAGCUGUGCCAAGACCAGGCUGUGGAUUCUGCUCCUUCCUUGAGGAAAAGGUUGAAGCAUUUCAGAGAGAAACAGACUCACAGUUGAUGGRAAGCUCCUGCCUGCCGCAGCUUUUGCAGUUGCUGUUUGAAAUGUGCCUCAGAGCUGUAUGUUGUGUCCAUUCUCGGAGAUUAAAGAAGCCCUGCAGU